AUGGCUCCUGGGAGUGUCUCCAGUGUUUCUUCCUCCUCUUCCUCUUGUCCCUCCAGGGACACAGUAUCUUCCGGACCAUGUGGGCUCCCUGAGGCCGACAAGCCAGGUCGAACUUGUAGCAGAAUCCAAGCAGGCCAACGGAACCCAACAAUGCUACGCAUGGUGCUAGAGGCUCUAAAGGCCAGGGAGAAGCGCCAGGGCACAUCAGUUAUAGCCAUCAAGGUCUAUAUCCAACAUAAGUACCCAACAGUGGACAACACCCGCUUCAAGUACCUGUUGAAGCAGGCUCUGGAAACUGGCGUCCGUCGAGGCCUCCUCACCAGGCCUGCCAAUUCCAAGGCCAAGGGUGCCACUGGCAGCUUCAAACUAGUUCCCAAGCCCAAGAAAAAAGCCUGUUCUCCGAAAGCCCGCAGGGGAGCUGCAGGUACCAAGCAGACAGGCCCCAAGACAUCUGGAUUGCUGAAGAAAGACCAAGUCGGCAAGGCCAAGAUGGAGAAAGUGGCUCUAAAACCAGGACAGAAGAGGAAGGCUUAUCCUUGUGCAGCGGCCACACUGGAGAUGGCGCCUAAGAAAGCCAAGACGAAACCAAAAGAGGACAGAAAGGCCCCCCUAAAAGACAAAGCUGCAGGGGCCCCUCUCACUGCCAACGGGGGCCAACCCAGUGGGAGCAGGAAAGAAGCAGAUGCCCAUGGGAAAACCAAAGAUGCGUGUGAGAAAUCCAAGCCUUCGGCCAGCAAGGUCCAGAAUAGUGCUGCUCCCCUCGCCAAAAGAAAGAUGGCGGCCGUGGCCCACACGGAGACAGCUGUUCAGGGAGUUAAGACAGUACAGAAGACCACAGCACCCGCUCCUUCCCUGGACGUGGGACACCAGGCACAACCCACACCUAGGAUCAGGAAGGCAAAGACCCCAGAGAACACCUGA